UGUGACGGAGGUAGAAAGUAAUUUAACUUCGAAAACACAAGAGUAUAAAACAUUCCAAAACGCCUUAAUCGCCCCUCAUUCAGAAGCGCUCGAGCAACAUGGACGGAGUCGAUGAAGAACAUUUGAAAAAAUGCCGCUGGAUUCGCGUCGACUGGCUCUGGUCGAAGAUCGGACGGGUUAAUGUGGGAAUUUUCCUGAGGUUUAACCCAGUGGUCAGCUUGCUGUCGGCUGUCAUAAUAUGGGGUUUUGUAGCUUGGUGUAUGGCAGAGUCAGAUGCUGCCAACGAAGAGAUGGGCAGGUGGAAGAUCUGGAUCACGGAGAAGUUCACUUGGAUGUACAUCGGAACUCAGGAUAUCUGGGCUGUGAUCAUCCUCAUGCUUUACUUUUCCAAGUACUCCAACAUGAAGCUGGGAAGAGAUGACGAGGAACCCGAGUUCAACGAUGCCACCUACUUCACGAUGUUGUUUGCGGCUGGCAUUGGGAUUGGCUUGUUUUACUUCGGAGUUGGUAAGUUAGUUGUUACGUUUCGGCUGGUGCUUGAGCCUUCAUCAGUUGAAAAACUAACGUUUCGUUCUGAUUGGCCGGUGGAGCGUGUGGGGAAAUGGCGGGAACUUGACUACACGGCUCCAGUGUACCCGACGUUCGCUUGUGGCGCGGGGAAUGUUCUGUCCGCUGACCUUGUGAGGUGGCUGGCGUUAAAUGCAGUUCACCUCAAACAAUAUCAGGGUGAAGACGUGUCGGUAGGAAUUUGGCUUUCAGCGGUGGGACCAAACUUUGUCAACUUUUACUUUGUUUUAAGGUACACAGACAACCAACUGGCUCAAGAUGCCAUGAACCUGACCUUCUUUCACUGGGGUGUCCAUGGAUGGAUCGUGUACGUAGUUGUUGGACUUCUAUUGGCUUUCGUGUGUUACAGGCAAGGCCUUCCCAUGACUGUCCGCUCCUGUUUUUACCCGCUGAUUGGAGACAAGAUCUACGGGUGGAUGGGCGAUGUCAUCGACAUCCUUUCCGUCGUGGGUACCAUGUUUGGCGUGUGCACAAGUCUGGGGUUGGGUGCCAUACAGCUCAACACUGGUAUCCAUCGCCUGAACAAAGACAUCGAAAUCUCGACCACCAAUCAGAUCAUAAUCAUUUGGUGCGUCACCGCGUGUGCCACGGUGUCCGUCAUCACUGGGCUGAAGCUUGGAAUAAGACGACUAAGUGAGAUCUGCUUUUCCAUCGGUAUGCUUCUCAUGCUUGUUGUCUUCUUCUAUGAUGACACCUGGUACCUUUUGAACCUGUACGUGCAGAGCACGGGCUACUACCUGCAGUGGAUCAUACAGCUGGGCUUCCACACCGAUGCAUUCGCACAGAUGGGCAAUUCUCAGGAUAACAAGGAAGUUGUCAACUGGAUGAACGACUGGACUAUUUUCUACUGGGGAUGGUGGAUCGCCUGGAGUCCUUUCGUGGGAAUGUUCAUUGCAAAAAUCUCCAGAGGUCGUACCAUCAAGCAGUUCAUCAAUGGAACCAUGACAGCGCCAAUCGUGUACUCGUUCAUGUGGCUGACAAUCUUCGGCGGAGCCGGAAUCAGAAUGGAACGUCUAGCAUUUCAUGCCAACGUCACCUGUGAUUCUCCUCUUGGAGGGGGGACGUCCACCGAAGGCUUCAAUAAAUUGUACCGUCUGUCCUGUCGCUCAAAGGAUGACAUGUGGUUUGAUGUAGUUGAGCAAUAUGGUGACAUUGGCGUAGUUCUGUCCGUGGUCUCUCUGGCUGGCAUUAUCCUGUACUUCGUGACGAGUUCUGACAGCGGGUCUCUGGUCAUCGACUGCCUAUCUGCAAAUGGUGAUCCUGAUCCUCCAAUCCUUCAACGUGUCUUCUGGGCUCUAACUGAGGGCGCUACAGCCACAGCUCUGUUGUUCGCUGGUGGUCCAAGGGCUCUGACGGCUCUGCAGACCGUUUCCAUAGCAGCUGGCGUCCCUUACACCAUACUGCUGUGUUUCAUGUGUAUAGCAUUAUGGCGUGCCGUCCAUAUCGAGGCUGGAGUCCUUAAUCCCAAUGGCCCGGCAUUUACUGUCGACCUUCUGGAGGUGUUCACCAAUCCCACCGUCAAAUCCCUCAGCAAAGUCGCCAUCGCCUUAUUUUGCCCGUGGUAUCCCAUGGGGAUUGCUGCUUGGAGGCUCAACGGUGGCAAGGGGAAUAUCAUAACCUACUAUUUGUCUCUUGCCGUUCCUUUCUACCUGUGGGUCAUCGGCAUGGCCUUAGAACCAGCCGUAGAGGGGUUAAGCUACCUUGCCUGGGCAGUGCUGUUUGCGUUUUUCGCAUAUGGCACCGCGGUCCGAAUCGGCAUUCGCGAGAAAUUUGGAAUCAACGGUAACAUGGUGGAGGACUUCUUUGCAGUGAUGCUGCUGUACCCGUUCGCCGCCUACCAAAUGGAUCACCACAUGGCCAAUCCACCCCAUCUACCCAUCGACGAAAACGGCCACACUGACAAAUAUGAUGGAAAGGGCAUGGCAUACCAGAACGAAGCCGCCGACUUCCCGCUUGAGAAAGUGGACACUGCGUUUUAAAUAUUAAACGUAUUUGUUUUUCUUUCACAUGCUCUUUGAAGAGCAUCGAUUGAUUUUUUUAGUUUUGAACUUAGCUUUACAUUUUAAGAACUAAUUUUAUAAUGGCUCAUAUUUAUAUGUAAGGUUUUUUAUUCAAGCCAGUUAACUUUUGUUAUUUAUCUUGAAAACAAAAAAUGUAGUUAAUUGUUGAAAGGAAAUUUUUAGCGUGGAAAAGGAAAGGGAAAAGUGAACAGUUCAAGAGAUAACAGCUAACAGGCUAAAAUGAAGCAAAAUUGUCCUCUUUUGUACAGCAAAGAAUUAUUUUUGGCCGGUAAGCGACUGCAUAUGUGAGCUAUUUGUUAUGGUCGUGUGCAUAUCGUGUGGAAGGUCUUGUAAAUUUACUAGAAUAACUGAAUGAUGGAACAGUUUACGUAAAUUUAAGAAACGUUUUCCCUUCCGCUUAAACAAUUCAGACAACGAGAAAUGUAACCAUACAUAAUAACCCUGUAUACCUAGCCUUGUGCAAUAGACCCAUGUUUUACUGCAAUAUAAUGCAUUCAUUAGUUUUGCUUUUACGUCUUUUGUAAAAAUCAAUGGUCAAUAAACUAGCAUCUUUUCUUUGACAUCAA